AUGGAUGCUUUUGUUCAGUGUCAUUGCAAAAUUAAGUCCAAACUAAAGAAGAAAUUCCAGUGUUUGUUUGAGGGGAUCGCUAAAGCAGGAAACCCAACAUUUCUUAAUCAGAUCUACACAGAGCUCUACAUUACAGAACAAAAGACUACAAAGGUUAAUGAUGAACAUGAAGUCAGACAGAUUGAAACAGCAUCCCAGAAAAUGCACAGAUCAGAAACAACAAUAAGAUUAGAAGAUAUCUUCAAAGGCUCCACUGGAAGAGAUGAACCAAUCAGAACAGUGCUGACAAAGGGAGUGGCUGGCAUUGGGAAAACUGUCUUAACACAAAAAUUCACUCUGGACUGGGCUGAAGACAAAACCAACCAGAACAUUGAAUUCACAUUUCCAUUCACUUUCAAAGAACUCAAUGUGUUGAAGGAGAAAAAGUUCAGCUUGGUAGAACUUGUGCAUUGUUUCUUUACUGAAACCAAAAAAGCAGGAAUCUGCAGCUUUGAAGACUUCCAGGUUGUGUUCAUCUUAGACGGUCUUGAUGAGUGUCGGCUUCCUUUGGACUUCCACAACACUGAGAUCUUUACUGAUGUUACAGAGUCGACCUCAGUGGAUGUGCUGCUGACAAACCUCAUCAGGGGACAUCUGUUUCCCUCUGCUCGCCUCUGGAUAACCACAAGACCUGCAGCAGCCAAUCAAAUCCCUCCUGAAUGUGUUAGUAUGGUGACAGAGGUCAGAGGGUUCACUGACCAACAGAAAGAGGAGUACUUUAAGAAGAGAUUCAGAGAUGAGGAGCAGGCCAGCAGGAUCAUCUCCCACAUCAAGACAUCACGAAGCCUCCACAUCAUGUGUCACAUCCCAGUCUUCUGCUGGAUCACUGCUACAGUUCUGGAGGAUGUGCUGAAAACCAGAGAUGAGGAAGAGCUGCCCAAGACCCUGACUGAGAUGUACAUCCACUUCCUAGUGGUUCAGGCCAAAGUGAAAAAGGUCAAGUACGAUGGAGGAGUUGAGACAGAUCCACACUGGAGUCCAGAGAGCAGGGAGAUGAUUGAGUCUCUGGGGAAACUGGCUUUUGAUCAUCUGCAGAAAGGAAACCUGAUCUUCUAUGAAUCAGACCUGACAGAGUGUGGCAUCGAUAUCACAGCAGCAUCAGUGUACUCAGGAGUGUUCACACAGAUCUUUAAAGAGGAGAGAGGACUGUACCAGGACAGGGUGUACUGCUUCAUCCAUCUGAGUGUUCAGGAGUUUCUGGCUGCUCUUCAUGUCCAUCUGACCUUCAUCAACUCUGGAGUCAAUCUGCUGGUAAAAAAACAAACCUCAUCUACAAUCUUCUACCAAUGUGCUGUGGACAAGGCCUUACAGAGUCCAAACGGACACCUGGACUUAUUUCUCCGCUUUCUGCUGGGUCUUUCACUGGUAACCAAUCAGAUUCUACUCAGAGGCCUUGUGACUGAUUCAGAAAGUAUCUCAAAAGCAAGUAAACAGACAGUCCGGUACAUUGAGAACAAGCUCUGUGAGAAUCUGCCUACAGAGAAAAUUAUCAAUCUCUUUCAUUGUCUGAAUGAACUGAAUGAUUGUUCUCUAGCAGAGACAAUCCAGUUGAUCCUGAGUUUAGGGCGUCUCUACGCAUACGAACUGUCUCCUGACGAGUGGUCAGCCGUAGUCUUCAUCUUAUUGUCAUCAGAAAAGGAUCUGGAUGUGUUUGAGCUGAAGAAAUAUCAGGUUUCAGAAAGGGCUCUUCUGAGGCUGCUACCAGUCAUCAAAGACUCCAAGAAAGCUGUACUAAGUGGCUGUAACCUUUCACUGAGAAGCUGUGAAGCUCUGUCCUCAGUUUUAAACUGUGACUCAUCUCAUCUGAGGAAGCUGGAUCUGAGUAACAACAAUGUGCAAGAUUCUGGUGUGAAGAUACUGUCUGCUGGAUUGAAGAGUUCAUACUGCAGACUGGAUUCACUCAGGCUCUGUGACUGCAAACUCUCACAGAGAAGCUGUGACGUUCUGUCCUCAGUUCUCAUCUCACAGACUUGUAGCCUGAGGGAGCUUGACCUGAACCACAAUGAUCUGCAAGAUUCAGGAGUGAAGAUGCUAUCUGCUGCGCUGAAGAGGACACAGUGCAAACUGGAAAUGCUCAGGCUGUCAGGAUGUAUGAUUACAAGUGAAGGCUGUGUGUCGCUGGCCUCAGCUCUGAGCUCCAACUCCUCUUAUCUGAAAGAGCUGGAUCUGAGCUACAAUCAUCCAGGAGACUCUGGAGUGAAGCUGCUGUCAGCUAGACUGAAUGAUCCACACUGGAGAAUGGACACGCUCAGGUUGGAGCCUACUGGAGUUCAGUGGUUGAGACCAGGCCUGAGGAAGUAUGCAUGUGAACUCACGCUGGACUCAAACACGGCAAACAGAAAACUCAAGCUCACUGACAACAGCAGGAAGGUGGUAUAUGAGGGCUAUCAGUCAUAUCCUGACCAUCCGGAGAGGUUUGACAGGUGUCCUCAAAUGCUGUGUAGAAAUAGCCUGACAGGUCGCUGUUACUGGGAGCUUGAAUGGAAAGGAGAUGUUCAGUUAGCUGUGAGUUACAGAGGAAUCAGAAGAAGAGGAGACGAGCUUGAUUGCAGGUUUGGGGAGAAUGAUCAGUCCUGGAGUCUCUUCUGCUUUGAUAAUUGUUUCUCUGUCUGGCACAACAACAGACAUGCUCUCCUCCCAUUUUUGUCUCCCACUGUGUCCUCCUCUGUCUCUAACAGAGUAGGAGUGUUUGUGGACUGUCCUGCUGGCACUCUGUCCUUCUACAGAGUCUCCUCUGACACUCUGAUCCACCUCCACACCUUCAACACCACAUUCACUGAACCUCUUUAUCCUGGAAUAGGGUGUUUUAUUCAUUCCUCUGUGACUCUGUGCGAUCUUUAG